AUGGAUCCCUUCACCACCGAGUGGGCGCUGAAGAUCCAAGGAAUGCUGAAGAAGUGGGGUACGACUGAGAUGGAGCUUCGCUUCAAGGCGUACACUGACGUGUUUCACAAGAACAGAAUUAAGGAGAAGAUCGAACGUCUUCAGGUGUCCCUAGAAGACUGGUAA